AUGUCCAAGGUUGGCCAAAAUAAUCAGGGGAGAAGUUUUCAGAGGCUCGGACAAGGUCUCUAUUUUACUCCAUUCUCCUCAAAAGCUCAUUUUUAUGGUCACGGGGGUGUAGGUGCCUUUUUCUUUUUUGAUAAACCUGAUUGA